AGCACAUCCGCAAUUCUUCUUCAGAUCUCGAAAAACACAAUCAAGAUGCAAAUCUCAUUGACAAUGUUUUGGAGCAACUUUCUUCUCUUUGGAGCCUGCGUAGCAGCAGAUCUCCCCACCGCAACAAUCGAUGCAGGCGCAAUAAUUGGCACGACGACAGCUUUUCCUUCUUCAUCCACAACGGUGAAUAAGUUUCUGGGAGUCCCAUUUGCUGCACCGCCGAAACGUUUCAUGCCCGCUGAGAACCCCGAGCCAUGGAUAGAGCCACUUGAUACAAAGAUUGCCUCAGCAGCGUGUAUCCAGCAAUUCAGAUAUCCGGAAGACUAUCGUAACUUAACCCUCAGCUUCUUGAAUAAUCCGGCACCAGAAGAGAGCGAAGAUUGCUUAUACUUGAAUAUCUACGCCCCAGAUAGUCCUUCUCCUGGCAAAGGUAGAGCAGUCUUGUUUUGGAUCUUUGGCGGUGGCUUAUGGCUCGGUCAUGCGGCGUAUCCCACUUACGACGGCUCUCACUUUGCUGCGUACGAGGAUGUGAUCGUAGUAGCGCCGAAUUACCGCACUAAUAUAUUCGGUUUUCCCAACGCACCUUCCCAGAAUCAGAACCUAGGCUUCCUCGACCAACGCCUCGCUCUCGACUGGGUACAGCGCAAUAUCGCCUCUUUUGGCGGCGAUCCUGCAAAGGUCACAAUUUUUGGAGAAAGUGCAGGAGCUUUCUCUGUUGACGCACUGAUAACAAGCUACCCUUCCGGCACAACACCCCCCUUCCGUGCAGGCAUCAUGCAGAGCGGUGAACUGAGCUAUCGCGGUGCUCCCAAUCCCGGUCUCAAAUAUCCUGAGGGAGCUCUAGCGUGGGAUGCUAUUGUCAAAGGUCUAAACUGUACGAACAGUACCGUAGAAGAGUCGUUCGCGUGCGUCCAGAACGCCCCGGCGGACGUUGUUAAGGAUGUCGGCGAGCGCCAACAACUUCUCUUCACGCCCGUUCAGGACAAUGAGACUUAUGUAUCGGACUUCAAAGCUCGCCGCCAAGCUGGAAAUAUUGCGCGUGUACCUCUAAUAAUCGGCACCAACCAGGAUGAAGGGAGUAUCCUCGGCGGGCUGUUCUUUGAUGACUUGAAUACCUAUCUGACGACAACCUUUGGUGACAGACUCACGCCAGAGCUUCUAAAACGUAUUGAGGAAGUUUAUCCGCUCGGGAGUGCAGAGUUCCCGACUACUUUCAAAACUAUCACAGCGAUUGAGGGCGAUAUAUCCAUGUUGUGUGGAGCCGCGCUCGUGGCUAAUGAUACCGCGGAAAGCGGGUUACCUACGUGGAGAUAUAUUUACAACGCAACGUUCCCUUCAACGGCAUUCCUCCCAAACAUAGGCGUUUACCACACCUCCGAAAUCGCAAUGGUUUUUUCCACCUACCCAACUCCCGCGAAUCCGAAUACACUACCCACAACGCAGCAGUACUUCCUCUCAAAUCUCAUGCGCUCCGCUUGGGCGCGAUUUGCGAAAGACCCUAUUUCUGGACCAGGCUGGAAUGCUGUAGGCAGUGGAGCAGAUUAUCUAGAAGGUGAUAAGGCAGGGGAUAUUGCUGUACUUUGGGAAGAGGGGGUAAAGGUAAAGAAGCAGGAAGAUGUGGAUAGAAGAUGCGCAGUUUGGAGCGAGGUGUUGAGGGGGAAGGUUUAG